GUAAUGUUAUGGAGUUUUCUCUCCUGCUCAUCAGUGGCAAAUAGGAAACGUCAGGCCUGCACAAAACGGUAGAUUUAACGACAUUUAAAGAUCAGCAUUCAAGUGGUAUUGGCGAAUAAAAUCCUUUAUUCCUGCAUGAGAGCCAAAGAGAGCAUCGAAACAUGGUGGUUCUCAAAAUUAGAGACCAGCCUGCCCUGCUAAAAGCUAUUUUCAAUGUGGAUCCAGAUGAAGUUCGCUCUCUCAUUUUCAAGAAAGAAGAUGUGAAUGUCCAAGACAAUGAGAAAAGGACGCCACUGCAUGCAGCUUCCUAUCUAGGAGAUGCUGAGAUUAUAGAGCUCUUAAUUUUAUCAGGGGCGAGGGUGAAUGCCAAAGACAACAAAUGGCUGACUCCUCUGCAUCGCGCAGUGGCAUCCUGCAGUGAGGAGGCGGUGCAGGUUUUGCUAAAGCACUCUGCAGAUGUGAACGCUCGAGAUAAGAACUGGCAGACUCCUCUCCAUGUGGCCGCCGCUAACAAGGCGGUCCGAUGUGCGGAGGCAUUGGUGCCACUGCUGAGCAACGUUAAUGUAUCAGAUCGGGCCGGACGCACUGCCCUGCACCAUGCUGCCUUCAGUGGCCACCUGGAGAUGGUGCGGUUACUGCUCUCCAGGGGAGCAAAUAUAAAUGCAUUUGAUAAGAAGGACAGAAGGGCUAUCCACUGGGCAGCAUACAUGGGUCAUAUGGAAGUGGUGAAACAGCUGGUGUCUCAUGGUGCUGAGGUGACCUGUAAGGACAAGAAAGCUUACACGCCCCUUCACGCUUCAGCGUCCAGUGGGAUGAUCAGUGUAGUCAAGUAUUUGCUGGACCUGGGAGUGGAUAUGAAUGAGCCAAAUGCAUAUGGGAACACUCCACUGCAUGUGGCGUGCUACAAUGGGCAGGAUGUGGUGGUCAACGAGCUGAUCGAAUGUGGAGCGAAUGUAAACCAGGUCAACGAGAAGGGUUUCGCCCCCCUACAUUUCACAGCCGCCUCACGUCACGGAGCUCUCUGCCUAGAGCUGCUUGUGGGCAAUGGCGCUGACGUCAAUAUCAAGAGUAAGGACGGUAAGACCCCUCUACACAUGACCGCAAUCCACGGGAGAUUCUCAAGAUCUCAGGCAAUUAUUCAAAAUGGUGCUGUGAUAGACUGUGAAGAUAAGAAUGGGAAUACUCCUCUGCACAUCGCAGCUCGAUACGGACACGAGCUUCUCAUCAACACUCUGAUCACUAAUGGAGCUGAUACAGCCAAGAGGGGAGUCCACGGCAUGUUUCCACUGCAUUUGGCCGCUCUCAGCGGCUUCUCAGACUGCUGCCGUAAGCUGCUGUCAUCAGGCUUUGAUAUAGAUACCCCCGAUGACUUUGGAAGGACCUGUUUACAUGCUGCUGCUGCUGGCGGGAACCUUGAGUGUCUGAAUCUUCUCCUCAACACGGGGGCAGAUUUCAACAGAAAGGACAGCUUUGGAAGGACACCUUUGCACUAUGCAGCUGCAAACUGCAACUACCAGUGCCUGUUUGCUUUGGUGGGUUCAGGAGCAAAUGUCAAUGAGCUGGACAAGAGGGGCUGCACCCCCCUUCACUACGCCGCUGCUUCUGAUGCAGAUGGAAAGUGCCUGGAGUAUUUGCUGAGAAAUGAUGCUAACCCAGGGAUCCGAGACAAUCAAGGCUACAAUGCAGUGCAUUAUGCCUCCGCCUAUGGACACCGCCUGUGUCUAGAGCUGAUUGCGAGUGAAACUCCUUUAGAUGUGUUAAUGGAAACCUCAGGGACAGACAUCCUCAGUGACUCUGACAUACAUGCUCCUGUCAGCCCACUUCAUCUGGCUGCUUACCAUGGACAUCACCAUGCCCUUGAGGUGCUUGUUCAGUCUCUGCUGGACCUGGAUGUGAGAAUGGCACAAGGGCAUACACCAUUGGACCUGGCUGCCUUUAAAGGCCAUGUAGAGUGUGUGGAUGUACUUAUUAACCAGGGGGCUUCCAUCCUGGUGAAGGAUUACACCCUCAAACGCACACCCAUUCAUGCCGCUGCCACAAAUGGUCACUCUGAGUGUUUACGUUUGCUCAUUGGAAAUGCUGACCUUCAGAGUGCAGUGGACAUCCAGGAUGGAAUUGGCCAGACUCCUCUGAUGCUGUCUGUGCUGGGCGGACACACAGACUGUGUUUACUCCCUGAUUAAUAAAGGAGCCAACACAGAUGCCAAAGAUAAGUGGGGACGCACUGCUCUACACAGAGGGGCGGUGACAGGCCAUGAGGAAUGUGUGGAGGCUCUGUUGCAGCACAGUGCCAGUUUCAUGGUACGGGACUGUAGGGGGCGCUCUCCAGUGCACCUUGCGGCCGCCUGUGGCCACGUUGGGGUGCUAGGGGGCCUUCUGCAUGCUGCCCAGUCAGUAGAGAACAUUCCUAUCAUCACUGACCACCAGGGCUACACGCCACUUCACUGGGCCUGUUACAACGGUCAUGACACUUGUGUUGAAGUGUUGCUGGAGCAGGAGCUAUUCCAUAAGACUGAAGGGAACACCUUUAGCCCCCUUCACUGUGCUGUUAUAAAUGACAAUGAAGGAGCCGCUGAGAUGUUGAUAGACACGCUUGGUCCUGCCAUCGUCAAUUCGACUGAUUCCAAAAACAGGACACCUCUUCACGCUUCAGCAUUCACAGAUCAUGUGGAGUGUCUGCAACUCUUGCUGGGUCAAAAUGCCCAGGUGAACUGUGUAGAUGCUGGAGGCAAAACUCCACUUAUGAUGGCAGCUGAGAAUGGCCAGACCAAUGCAGUCGAGGUGUUGGUGAGCAGUGCAAAAGCAGACCUCACACUGCAAGAUGCCAACAAAAACACUUCGCUUCAUCUGGCCUGCAGUAAGGGCCAUGAAUCCAGUGCCUUGUUGAUCCUGGAGAAGAUCACUGACAGAAACCUCAUCAACUCCACCAAUGCAGCUUUACAAACGCCGCUGCAUGUGGCAGCCAGGAAUGGCUUGACUGUGGUCGUCCAAGAACUACUUGCUAAGGGUGCUAGUGUGCUAGCUGUGGAUGAAAAUGGCUACACUCCUGCCCUGGCCUGUGCUCCUAAUAAAGACGUGGCAGAUUGCCUUGCACUGAUCCUGGCCACCAUGAUGCCAGUGUCUCCCAGCGGAGGUGUAGUACCCAGUCUCACAUUCAGUGCCAUCAACCACUACUCCAGCCCCACUAAGAGUGUCACCUUUGACAGUCUGCCCAUGCUCCGCUCCGAACAUAGCUCUUAUUGCAGCUUCAACAGCAUUGGCUGCCACGAUGGCUUCUACAAGGAUGACGAGCUAAAUGACUCUGACUCAGAGACCUACUAAGGAAGAGGAGAGAAGGGCACAUCUUGUCUUAAUUACCCAGCAGCGGGUCACUCCGCAGAGCCUUAAGGGUCUCUACAUACAACACACACACGCACAUUUACACAUAUACAUGAGGUGCAGCAGGCUGACCCCCUUAAUCUCUGCCAGCACAUCAUGCCCUUAAGCAGAUACCUCUGCUUCACCCACACAAUGGAACGGAUAGGUGGGCGGACCUCCCGAUAUGGCAAUAACAAAACCAGUAUCGGCAGCCUGGGAACAAUGUUUGCACCGGCAGUUUGACACUGUCUUUGUGUACCUUGUGAUUUGGGAUUCUGCUCUUUUUUUCUCUUUAUGAUAAUGAGAGAGGAUUUGAAACUGUCCCUGGACUGAUUGUGAUUCUUUCAACGGUUAAAGUUAGUGUGCACUUCUGAAUCGAUCAUUUACAACUUGGAGAAAAAAAUAUUUAUUUUUAAAAUGAAUUUUUAAUACCAGUCAAGUGCUCUGUCCCUUUGCGGGGGGAAAUCACAGUGUUUCGAUUGUUUCAAAACUGCAAAUUGAGGACACGAACAUAAGCAUUGUAACAUGUUUGGCCACAAGCCUGAGUGAAGAUAACUGCUAACUGUCUCCAUCUCCAGUUUUAGGAUAAAUUAUUCUUUUUAUCUAUGGUAUUUAUUUUUACUUUUCAUGAUUUCAUCAUCGUUUUGUGCCUUCAUAAAUUACUGUAUGGAAGGAAGGUGCAGCUUGGAAGAACAAAUCUACGAUGCACAAGAAGUUAAACACUACGUCUGUGAAAAGCACUGAAAUCGAACAGAGGCUCUGCAUGCUUUGCUCCAGGAUGAGAAACACAGUGUAAACCAAUGGUAGAACAGCGUUUGAUCUCUUUGUAUGUUGAUAUAUGAAUAUAAAUAUAUAUUAUAUUUUUUCUGCCUCUAAUUAACAUUACAUUUACGGGCAGCUAUGCUCAUUUUGAUUUGGCAAAUGAAACCACUCGAUCCUUCUGUGAUGGCCUGUCUAAAAACCUGUUUGUCUGAAUUUCAAGCUUUGAUUUUUGAAUGAUUGCAACUGGAAAUCUGUUUCAGACCUCUGCCUGAAUGAGUGGGGAUAAGCAGGUAACAGUGUUUGCUUUCCUGCCCAUAUAUUUUGUGAAAAAUAGAGACUGGCUGGUGCAGUGUAUGGUUACUGGCUGCUUUCCCCCUACUCAGAACAAGAGAUUCCUGUAUAUUUUAUGGUUAAGUAAA